AUGGCAGCCAACGCUCCCCCUUCCGCAGAGACUUUACUCAGCGGUGCCGCCGCUCACCCCCCCAAGACCGCUGAAGAGAUCGCCAACCAAUAUGAUUUGCUACCCAAGUUGAUCCCCUUCCUCGACCGCCAUCUUGUUUUCCCUCUUCUCGAAUUCAGCUCCGGCCAGGAUGAUGACAAGGAGACCGUGCGGGCGAAAUAUGAGCUGCUUAAACACACCAACAUGACCGACUACGUCGCCAACCUGUGGCAGGAAAUCAACAACUCCGACACCAUUCCCGACGAGUUUGUCAAGAAGAGGGAGGAGGUUCUCGCUAAGUUGCAGCACUACCAGGAGGAGAGCGCCAAGAUCACCGAAUUGCUUCAGGAUGAGGACGUUGUCGGUAACCUGCGGAGUGACAAGGUUGCCAACUUGAAGUUCCUCGAGGAACAGCACGGCGUUACCACCGAGAUGGUCAACAGCCUUUUCGACUAUGGCCGCUUCCAGUACAGCUGCGGUAGCUACGGUAACGCUGCCGAGCUGCUGUACCAAUUCCGUGUUCUUUCCACCGACAACGACAAGGUUGCCUCGGCCACAUGGGGUAAGCUUGCCUCCGAGAUUCUGACCACCAGCUGGGAGGCUGCCAUGGAGGAGGUCCAGAAGGUCAAGGAGUCGAUCGAAACUCGUCUAUUCAACAACCCCUUGGGUCAGCUCCAGAACCGCUCCUGGUUGAUCCACUGGUCUCUUUUCCCCUUCUUCAACUACGAUCCCGCCCGCGAUGUCCUGACCGAUCUUUUCUUCUCCCCUGCCUACAUCAACACCAUUCAGACCCACUGCCCUUGGAUCCUGCGGUACCUUGCUGCCGCUGUUAUCACCAACCGCGGCCGUGCACACAAGAGCAGCAGUCUCUACCAGAAGCAGCUGAAGGACCUCAUCCGGGUUGUCCGCCAGGAGGGCUACGAAUACUCCGACCCCAUCACCGACUUUGUUAAGGCCUUGUACAUCGACUUCGAUUUCGAGGAAGCCCAGAAGAAGCUGGGUGAGGCCGAGGAUGUGUUGCGGAGCGACUUCUUCCUUGUCUCUGCGGCCGAUGCUUUCGUCGAGGCUGCCCGCCACCUUAUCUCUGAGAGCUACUGCAAGAUCCACCAACGGAUUGAUAUCAAGGAUCUUUCCACCCGUCUCGGCCUGAACCAGGAUGAGGGUGAGAAGUGGAUUGUCAACCUCAUCCGCGACACCAGAGUCGAUGCCAAGAUUGACUAUAAGGAGGGCACAGUCAUCAUGAACCACCCCCCUCAGUCGGUGUACCAGCAGGUUAUUGAGAAGACCAAGGGCGCAUUCUUCCGGACACAAGUCUUGAGUGCGGCCGUCGCAAAAUAA